GCUGCUGGAGUCGCUGUUGCGCAUACAGAUCGCUGGUGCCUGACUGAUGUUGAGAUGUUGAAAUCUUUCCUCUAAAAAUGUCUCUUGGAUCUUAUACGAUUGGAAACACCUGGAGGGGGGUAGACGGGGGGCGCCAAUAGAGGGAAGACACCACCUUCCCAUCCAAACUACCUGACCUUCAGGUUUUUUUACGCCAUCAUAAACAUUCCCGGAUGGAAAAGUGUUGAUGUGAAGAAGAGCUGACGUUUCUAAACCCUUCAUAUAGUCUCAGUGUGAAGCGUUUGUGCCGAUUCUUUUGCCCACACUGGCAGCUCCGCUACUGCAGUUCAGACUUUAAUAUCUAAAUACCUGGAUGAUUUUUGUCUCUUAAGAAUGUGGUCUUCUGUUUUGCUCUGAAAAACUGCUGUUUGUGGCCUCUGGAAAUAUCCCACAAUCAAACAUAUUUUUCUCUAAUUUAGUGCUAAUAAUAAUAAGUGUUAAUAAUUUGAUAAAUAUAAUAAUCCUAUCUAUGAAGCAAUCCUACGAAAGACUGAUGUUAAUUGGUGGCUUGGAUACAGGGAGUGAAAGUCAACGUCUGUAAGUGCUCGUCAUGUUUGCUUUGUUAUGUGACUCCGGCAUCUUGACUGUUUACUCUGCCUGUAUAGAUAACUGUGUCCAUAAAAAUAAAAACGGUUCACAGAAAUAAUCAGGUUGAACUGGUCAGAGUAGGCCAUCCACAUUUAGUUUGCUUUGUUUAAAGCUGCUUGCCAAAAUGAAAACUUGGCUGUUUCAGGCUGAGCACCUUGUUUUUUUCCUUCAUGAAGUUCCAAUUGGAAACAUGUCGCUGCAUCUGUUUCCUUUUUAUAUGGUAGACAACUAAACAAAUCUCAAGUUAUAUUGCAGACUUUUCUCUUGUGUUUCAAUUAGGGCCGUUGAUGUCUUCAAAUGCCAACCCUUUCCAGAGAGUGCUGUGUGUGUUCUUCUCAUUGGACGAGCCACCGCGGGGCUUUUGCGGUGGGCCGAAGAGACAUCUUGUGGCGAGGAGGAAACAAUAGCCAUUGGUUAAGGGUGAAAGUGGCCUCAUCCCUCUCAGUGAAUUUCUGAGGAAUUCUGGAACGGGAUGGAGGAGUUCCAAAGAAGGAGUGACGAGAGAGAGCACCAGCAAAGCCUCUGGCAGCUGAAAACAGUUAUUAGUUAGCGUAAAACACACAAUACAAAGAUGGACGGUGUGGCAGAUUGGAUCGUGCUGAACAGGGACAAGAUCGAGAAAGGCGUAGAGAUCAUGGGGGAAGCCUCUGAGGUGCUCGCCGCCACCGUGGGCAAACUCCACCCCGUCUUGGAGGCCGUGUUCAAGACUUCAGCAAUGAUACUCAAAAACCCGGACAGCAAAGAGGCUCGCUACCUGACUGAGCAGUUCGAGCUGGUCAACCAGAAACUCGUGGGAAUCCAAGGUGAGAUCGAUCAGAUUGAGCUGGAGCUGAAGAGGACGUCAAUCAACAAGCAGAACUUUGAUCGGGAGGCGCAGAUACUCAGCCAGUACGAAAAGUUGCAGGAAUUUGUCAACGCCAAGCCGAAGUUCAAAGAGAAGAAAAUGGAGAAGUUCAUCAGCCACUACGAAAACACUGACGCCGACCUGAACCUGGACGCCCUCUACAACGCCGUCGUUGGGGAGAGCGCCGCCGGGGACCCACUGCUCGAAACAGUGGUGACCACGGAGCAGAGGAGCAGGAGGGCGGUGGAGGAUUUCUGCGCCCGGCUGAAGAAGCUUUUUCUGGUGGGCAUCUUCGCCGUGAUGGGCCACUCCGCCCUGAAGGAAGGGGUGGGGGGGGAGGAGAUGGUGAAGAAGUGGCAGGGACGGCUGGAGGAUGUGGAGAAUCGAAUGAAAGCGGCUGUAGAUGACUGUACAGAUAACUUUGCAGUUCAAGCCAAGCUGGACAUGGAGCUCCUGGUGAAGGAGAAACGCAGCGCCAUCAACCUCGACCUCGCCAAAUCCCUCCUGGAGUCUCUCGUUAAGAAAUACGACUGGGUGAAGUGGUCCAUCAGGGCCUUUGCCGUCAAGGAGCGCUUCUUCUUGUUCAACUGGCUGGCAGGAAAGAAGUGCCACGGAAGUGGAGGAGCCAACUGGUUUGAGAUUCUGACCAACAGCAAGGUCAUAGUGGUGGUCUCUUUUUGUGUUGACCCCAAGCCCAUUAACAAGAGUGAGAUCCAGGAGAAGAUCGAAGGUGAGAAGAUGAAGAGGAACAUGGUUGAUGUGGCUCAGGCUUUGAGCAGUAGCUUCCCCGACUGCCUGGUCCACGCUGUCAGCCAUUACAAGGAAGUGGUGGAGUCCAACAACUUCCAUGAGGAUAGUUACUACUAUGGAAAACGAAAAGGAACCUACCUGUGUAUCCACCCCGAGUAGAAAACCUAAAGUGCAGCCGCACGCGGGAACAAAAUUAGCAAAAUUCAUGAAAUGUUUUUACCAGAGACAAUAAAUAUAGAAAGUGAAUUAAUCAAUCUAGUCUCUGCAUAAUCUUCUCCGUCUGGUUUGUGAUUCAGUGUUUGGCAUGUAAUUGUUUUUAAUUAUUUUACGUACAUCUUUUAUAUGUCGAUGAUAUGGGUUUUUUUUUUUCUUCUUUUCAGAGCUGUAUAUCUCCAUGCCAGCUUUGACUGCUGUUGUGACUCUCGUGGUGUUUCUGUCCCUGUUGGAUAUUAAAAGACUUGUUUGCUACGAUAUUAUAGUCUGUUAACCGUCAAGUACUUUGCCACAUAGUUUAUACCUGGACGCGCUCCUCGGUACGUCAGACCACUGUGGGCGAAGCGGUAAUUCCUUGAGCAGUGCUGCUUUAUGCACUGACGUGAUGCAGUACCCAUAUUUGUCUGGUAGGGUUUGUUCAAGCUUCCCAGUUCAUUAUUGACAUUUGAAAGCUGUGGAACAAGAAAGUGAUUGUGCCUCCUGGUGGAAUUGUUUGAUAAAACCGUCGUUUCUGAAGUCUAGCAUGAACUAGCCCUGUCUUACAUGUCUGUGUGUAAAAAGCGAGGCUACAGUCAGGAGCUCGUUAGCUUAACUUAGCAUGGAGACUUGAAAUAGGAAGUUUUCAAAUGUCAAUCUACAAGUUAUGUGCCAAAAUAUUUUCAUGCCCUUGAGUUGAGAUUGUUUUUUUGGUUUUUCAAUACGGUUUCUCAAUUUUGUUUCAAAAAAGGGAAAAGGGUUAUCUUGAUAUUGCCCAAUUGUAGACACGUGUGUUUAAAACAAAAUGAGUUCUAAUAUUCUUGCUGCUUUUGGUGCGAUAUGUUGAUGCAGAGCGAACAGCCAAAACGCGUUAUUCGACAAUCAUCUUAUAUUUACUCUUAAUUUGUAAUAAACAUGAACAGUUUUGUCAUCUUUGGUCAUUAAAAGCCAUUUUUGUGAUACUG